GCGCAGGGCAGACAGUCCGCGCGCACCUCGCUCGGACGCCGCACGCUCCGACACGACUCGAACGCGAUAACACUACUAACACGCUUGUGAGCUUAACAAACAUUAACAUAAGGUGAAAACGAAAAGUGAAGUGGAAUUUAAAUGGUAACGGGCUAGCAGACAGGAUGUCUGAGGGUGACGUGUCGCUGAUCCACGACGAGGACGUGCUGCGCCGGAUGUGGCAGCAGACGGAGGACUUUUCACGCAAGAAAGAGAUCCGCGCGCACAUGUAUCGCCUGCGCGAGGAGCGCCUGCGCAACCUUUACUCGCCCGAGCCCACGCUCGAUGCUAAAGGUUGUGAGUUCGGAGCCCCGCGGAGCCACGGGCGCUCCUUCGCCGACCAGAGCUUCCAGUCCAUCAAGAGCAAGGAGGUCCGGGACGCGGGCUCCCCGUCCAAGGACUUCUACUCCGGCCAAGAUCUCAAGGAGCUCUCGAAUGCCGGAUGGAACGUGGAGUCAGAAAACAGAACAACGGACGACGGCCACACGCACGUCAAGUCCAUCAACGCCAACAUAGAAGGACGAUACGAUGUCGACGGUGGAAAGGGGCAGUUCGCCGCCGUCGAUAAGCAUCGACAAGCCGUGACGGAGUACCACGACGAGCAUUCCAGCUUGAAAAGGAACGAGAGCAGCUCCAACACCGCCGCACACGAGCAGGUGGUGCGACAGACCGACGACGGCUCACAUUUCUCUGCCUCUUCAACCAAGACUUCGAGCUCCUCUUCGAAAUUUCAACAGGUCUCAACGAAACAAGAAUCAGUGCCAUAUGUUACCAACGAUGAUUAUAAGUCGAGUCGACAAAAUGAUGAGAUUACAAAAGUCACAAGGACAAGCGAUUAUGAACAGAAUUUGAGGAGUCACGACGGUGAGUUGGUGUCCAGGAAGAUUGACUAUCCUGACAGCAACACGAAGGUGAUAAUAGAAACGCGGGAACUACCUGAUGGAACGCGUGUCACCAGCACGCGGCGAGAGUACCGCGCUCCUGCCGUCUCCUCCACGCGCUCCGAGCACUCUUCAACCCAAACCAGGAGCGAGAACAAAUCCUCUUACACAUCCAAACAUGACGUGAAGGAAACUUCAAGAAAAACUAGCGAAGACUAUGACAAGAUCACGAACAUCGUCGAUUCUCAGAAAAACAUUGACGACAACGAUUUCAAGAGAAAUUUACGUAGCGAUUACUCGACCACGACGCAAAAGGAUGAGCAUGUCGAAAUAUCUCGACAAAAAAUUAAUCAGCAGCGUUAUGAGAAUGUUGACAGUACCGAUCGGCGCGAAGUGACCUCUCAGGAUACUCGACGUGCAUUCAACACGAACGUGAACGCCACAGAUAAGAAAGUCCUGACAACUUCUCAUGAUACAAGGCGUGAUUAUGAAACAAAUAUUGACAAGACCGAUCGGCGCGACAUUCACACUUCCCAAGAUACUCAUGACAAGACCGAUCGGCGCGACAUUCACACUUCCCAAGAUACUCAUGACAAGACCGAUUGGCGCGACAUUCACACUUCCCAAGAUACUCAUGACAAGACCGAUCGGCGCGACAUUCACACUUCCCAAGAUACUCAACGUGUCACCGAUGAAAGAAAGGUAGAUGACAUCACAACUAACGGGGAAAGAACUCAUCAUGUCACGAAAGAUAAGAAAGUAGAAGAAGUGGUUGAGAGGAAAGUAAGUUCUGAUCAAUAUCAGACGACUUAUCAGUCUGAUUUCACACAGAAGAAGAUAAGCCAAGACCUGAGCCCGACGCACCAAGCGUGGGCAAGCACGUUACGCGGUGACUCUCCUUCUCCCUCGCGACCCACCACCAGAGCCUCUUCGCCGGGCAGCAGGACUUUCCAAUCUAGCACUUCCUCACUGAGAAGUAGCAUCAGCCCAGACAAGACCUACAGAAAGCCUUCAAGUCGCGGCGGUAGCCCUAGCAAAGUAGACAGGUACUCACCAUCUCGUACCGUAUCUGACAGAUACUCCAGCACCCAUUCCACCCAUUCAGUGACGGAGACCAAAACGAACAGAUUCACCAGCCCAGACCGGAAACCACCGCAGCAUACAUCCCCAGGUCAUAGCGCGAGUCCCGACCGCAAGCCAUCUGACAGCUACCGCAAAAGACCGAGUGCCAGUCCUGAAAAGCGACCGCAAGACGCCACAUUCAGGCCUAGUAUGAGUCCUGAAAGAAAACCGAGUCACAGAUCUAGUCCAAGCCCUACAGAGGGCCCCCGCUACACCAGUCCGUCUAGAUCUUUACAUAGAGAAGGGUCUCCGACUAAGCCAUACAGUCAAAAACCUUAUCAGCCACCCGAAACUGAUUCUAGUCCAAAAACACCUUUUGACCAUCCUUCCUACGUCUCGUCCUCGAGACCCAGUCAAAGCCCUGAUCGCAAGCCUGGGUACCAAAUACCUUACUCUUCAACCCGGCCGAGCGCGGAGAAAUCCCCGAACGACACAACUCCCACUAGGACAAGUGUGAGCCCCGACAGGAAGCCCGGCUACAUGAGACCAACAGCCAGUAGACCGACUUCAGAUUCGACCCCUACGAGACAGCCUUCUCAAAGUCCGGAGCGUAAACCGUUUGAACAUACCAGGACUACGAGCAGCGUUAAGGCAGACCACUAUAAAUUCAUUGACGAGGAAACUAAAAUGUACACACGCACUGACAAAACCAAUAUAGACUACUCAAGGGCCUCUCCUGAUAAACCAGUACAUGGAAAGAGCCCUUCGCCGGUCAGGAAGGUUCCAGGAGAAGAUACCCCCGACCACUGCCGCCCUGAAUCUCCAUCCCGCUCCACAUUGCGCACGGGCUCUCGCUCGCCCUCUCCUCCCAAGGGCCCAGUUACAUUCCACGAUCAAGUAGAUAAGACUAAGUUUGUGUCAAAUCACACUACUACUAGUGAUGACUAUUCAGUUGAUAAAACUACUAAGACUGUUCGCAGUGAUAAAGAUACUCCAACAUCGCCGAAACGCAACAUUCCGAUGAGAGAGCCAUCGCCUUCUAAAUAUGGCACUUACGACAAAACUGCUCCUGUAAGAGAGCCUUCACCUUCUAAAUAUGGGACGUACGACAAGAAAACACGACGUUCUGAAGAGCUAGAGGAAACCACAAUCAAUACAAAUACUACAAACAUUAAAUAUGACACUCUGACGAGGAGUGACACAUCAACCAAAAAAACCAGUGAGUUUGAUAAAACCGAAACAUCAAAAGUAACACGUAAAAACGAAAAAGAUAUACCUCAAAGGAAUACCCCAGUAAGAGAGCCAUCACCUUCUAAGUUUGGAACAUACGAGAAGAAAACCCGCCGUUCUGAAGAAGUAGACGAUGUCAAACAUGUCACCAAGGAAACCAGAGAAGACAAAUACGAUUCGCUGACUCGUCGGGAAAAAACUACUUCAAGAAAAACUCCCGAAAUGCCCAGUUCACCGACUAAAAAGUCUCCUAGGGAAAACAUUUCCCCAUCGAAAUCACCUUCUAAAGAUAACAAGUACAAAAACAGCACUGAUUUCAUUACAACCGAACGAACAACAGAGGAAAUAAAUAAGAAAACCACUGUUAAAGACCGCCCGCGUCAACUGGUCACCCCGUCCACCAGCCCGACUAGGAAGUCGAAGACUGUCGAAAAAGAACCUUCUACUGGUCAAAGUUCCCCUACAACGUCUGUUAGUGGAUUCGUAUAUUUCUGCUCUCCGCCACUGCAACAGACUAUCGUCACAGAUCUCGAUGAUGCCGAAAGUUACUAUGAAACUAAAACAACAGAUGAAACCACAACUACAUAUAAAAGACCAGAAAAUCUUCCCCUGGAAAGGUCUGCAUCUCCGUCCAAGAUUCCUUGUCGAUCACCGUCACCUGAAAAGAAAACUUCUACUAUUAAGGAAGUCCUUCCUAGAAAAAGUUCUCUGAAAAAGCCUUCGGCAGGCAUAAGCCAAGUUUCUCCCACUGAAAAACCGCCAUCGACUUUCAACGUAUCACCUACAGUGAAUAUAAAGGAUGUGCCGUCACAUAAAAUCGUAAAGAAAGAUAAUCCAGAGAAACCUGAUGCAAGUCCUCCAGCUAAAGUAAAACCACCUUUUGAAAGAAGGGAGACUUAUGAAGAAAGAUGUCGCAAGAUUCUCGGCAUGAUGGAAGAUACAAACAAAACUACUUCCGAUAAAACAUCUUGUCUAAAGGAGCCCGAGUCUAACCGUAGCUCUCCAAGCGUAUCGCCAUGUGUUAGCCCGGACCCAAGGGAAGGAUCCCCACUGAGACAAAAUUUUUACAGACAGGAAGUAACGGAUACUAAGAAAAAAGUGACUGACUUCAUUUCCCAAGAAAAGGACGACCUAAUCAAAACUACUCAGGUACGUCGUGAGAAGACUCCUGUAAGUGAUAGAAAGUCAAAAACGCCAUCGAGGGAAAGUUCCCCAACUAAACUGCAAGAUAUCAUUUCUGUUAGCACCGCUGAUGAUAAAUCAACUGCUACAAAUAUGAAGAAGACCGUGGAACGAGUCGAUUCAGAAAUGGUUGAAAACAAAUUCCAAUCUGCAAGGUCUUCACUUUCCCCUGUACGUAAAACUCCAGAGCGACCUUCCGAUUCGCCAAACAGGCUUGAUUCUCCGUCUAAAAUACCUCAACAAUUUAAGUCUCGAACUACUUCGCCAGUCAAAAAAGUAACUUCUACGACUGAAACCAACAUUGAUUUCAUUACAUCUGAGAGAGAGCAAGAAGUUUUAGACAGAGUGCAAAAGUCUCUCAGAAAACUGUCUCCGGAACGUAACUCGCGAUCGCCAAGUCGAGAAAAGAGUCCAGGCAAAACUACAUCCAGCCUACACGAUCUUGAUAUAACUACUGAAAAUCUGGAAACAUGUAAUUCAGUAAUCGAAGAAGUAAAGACGACAAAACAGCAAAACGUUAUAAAAGACAAAGUAACGCAGAAAAAAACUGAAAUUGAAAUUAAAGAGAAAACUAAAGAACAAUCACCAAAGGGACCAAAGGAAACCGGAAAACCUCCGUCACGAAAUGUGUCUCCUACCAAGAAACCAUCGUCAGCACCGACAACUCCAAAAGCAGAGAAGAGUCCAGAAACGCCGCUUAAGGCUAGAAGUACGUCUCCGAGAAAACCCAUAAGUUCUGUUGAGCGCCCUCAAUCACCUCAAGUUCCUAAAGGAGGAAAGGCCGCGCCUGCUCAGUUAACUAGGAAACCAACGCCUACGGCAAUCAACAUAAAAACUGAGUCAGUAUUUUCAUCCGAAUUAAAGAAGAGUGGGGUUACAAAACAGACUAACACUGGUAAAACAUCUCCAACUAAAAUUCAUCGGAUAAUUCCGUCGCCUACAAGAGUACCUGAACCGGAUACUAAGAGAACUCCGGCUCACAAAAACGACAUUAACAAGGAAAACGUCAGUCCUAAGAAAACGGAUGCUAAAGUUACACGAACUGCCAGUGAUAUAUCUAUCAAAGCGAAAAAGCCAUCUCCUCAGAGAAUGAAAUCCAAACCUGAGAUACAAGUAAGUGAUAUGUCAACCAAGACAACUAGACAGACUGUUACGACAAAGACACAAAAGUCUACAAUCAAAGAACCCCAAAUGAAGCUUGCUCCGAAGCCCAAGUCAGCAACGGCGUUAAACAUGGCAACAGAUGACGAUGACGUGCUCAUCGAUGUCGAGCAAGCCAAGUCAUCACGAGAGAAUUCUCCUGAUCGCAUCUGUCCGACCCCAGUUAGUUUUAUGGAUGAUGUCCAGACACCCAGACUUCCUGAUGAAGUUAGUGAACCAGACGAUGAAUUCCGUCGCAGAACUCAUCACACUAUUCACGAAACAGAGUCGCUUGUUGAUGAUAUUAUUGAAAUAUCCGAAGAUGAGGAACUGUUCGUGAAGAGAACCCAAGAUGACAUAGUCGAAGCCGACGAUUGCCUUUUGAGUGUUACUGAUAAAGUUUCUAAAUUUACAAAUAAAAUGGAUACUGUUACCAUGCCUAAGGAAGCAGCAAAACACUUUAAAGAUACAGAAAAGCGAGUUCACUCUGAUUUUGUCGAAGAAAACUUGAAAUCUGACGAGUGCUUGCUAUCGGUUUCAGAAAAAGUAAAUAAAUUUGCCAAAGGCCCAAGGGAUACGAGAGACAAGAGUCCAGCGCGCCGUGUCACCGAUGAAUAUGAUGUAAACACUGUUUAUCAAGAUGAUUACACAAAAUUGAGUGUCAAUGAUAAAGCUCAUCUCUUUGUAGAGACUGCUGAAAAUGUAAAAUCACCAAAAACAAAACCAGGUCAAAAAAUUGAGCGCCCUGAUCUUAAAAAUGUUGAUGAAUCUUUGAAGAGUGACGACUGUUUACUGAGCGUAUCUGACAAGGUCAAUAAGUUCGUUAAAACAGCUGAACAAUUUUUGAAUGAGUCACAUAGCACCGAAGACAAAGAAAGGAAGAUUAAAGAGCAACACGAAGAAGUUAUGAGGAAAAUUGUUGAAAGUGUAGAUGAAGAGGCGGACAUAAAAGACACUAAAACUGUCACAAAACAAGAUUCAACAGAGAAAAGUUUACAUUCCCGAGAUCAAAGGCAGGGAUCAUUCUCAAAGGAAACUACUUCAUCCCACGCCAAAACUAAGGACUAUGCCAGUCCUAACGUCAAACCGGUUGAAAGAAUACCUGCAGUAAAAAUAACAACUCUACGCAGUAGCGAGGCUGUGAAGAAGGCUAAAGCACUAUUUGAAAAUAUUGCGACAACUCAGAAAACCAAGGAUACUGUUGAUACCAAGACUACAAAGACAGCAAAGCUAACAGAUAUUGGUGUCAUUAAAAAAUCGCCAAAAACUGAUUCGACCAUAGUUCUUCAUCCAUCUCUUGAUGACGGUUUCCCAACAGACGUAAACGAUGUUCCUGACGCUCCUACUGAGACGGAUACGACGGAUCGUCCUUCAAGCGGUUUAUUGACUCGACCGCAACGCCCUGGUCAUAUUCGCGAUGACAAGCCGAGAGACAGCCCAGCUCGUCUUGCCCCCCAUUCACCGCAAGUCGCUCGCACCAAGUCACCAAUGCGACAAACAAUCGAAACUGCCACUACUACAAGGACGGUUAUUUCCAGGCAUCCGACAUCACAAAGACCCGAGUCUCCAAAACCUCCUCAACCGGAAAUGGAAAAGCCGCAAGAGAAAGUUCCUGGUUACCAGAGGCCUACCAUGACAAGUCAAAUCCGAGAUGAGACCAAAGUAGAGGAAGUGGAAGUGAGCAGCCGCCGUGGAAGCGGCAAGUUCGGCGUGGAGCUGCGGCGCACCAGCAUCGAGCGCAGCACCGUCAGCAGCGAGCGGCGCCGGUCCAGCCUCGACCACCACCAGCCCUGCAUCGAGGACGUCUUCGACCUCGACCUGUUGGAACAAAUGUUGGAAAAGGUCGUGGGUUACGAGCAGAGGCGACGUAUCAGAGCUCAGAUGAGAGUCGCUAAGAAGAGGACUGAGCACGUAACGGAUACUAACACGUUUACUAAAACUACGAAGCAUACGUUUGUGAGUACUCCGAAGAACAGAUCCCCUGAAAGGCAGACCAAGCCCAAAUCUCCAGAACAGCGUGUGAGACCAGCUUCGCCUGAACACCACUUGAGGAACAAAACUCCAGAGUUGCAAAGAGUGAGAUCUCCUGAGCGGAAACCCAAGUCAACACCAGUCAAGACAGUCUCCCCAGAACGUCACAUUAAAACGGCGACACAGAAAACCGUAUCUCCCGAUCGCAAUCAUUCCAAGGAACAUACGAAGCCAAUUUUGAACGGACAUGCCAAGGAACCUACUAAGGUUCUACAGGAUACACACCCGAGGCGACACAGCCCUGAGAAGCCAGCUCUUAAAUCCACUCCAGUGAAAACCAGGAGCCCAGUCCGCCAGCGUAGUCCAGAUAAAAAAAUGCGACCUCUAUCGCCGAGCAAGACGGCUUCUCCCAAACCGAAGCCUAACCGCUUCAAUGAAUACGCUUCGGCUUACAUGAAAAAGGUUGGUCUCAAUGAGAAUGACAAGCUAAAGUUCUCAGAGGUGAGCAACAAAAGAACCGUCGAACAAGAAAACCAAAAAAACCUAUCGCAAUCUCAGAAAUACGAAAGCAAAGUUACUACAAAAUCGUACGAGCGUAAAACGUCUAACGACACCAUUGAAAUGCACUUGAACGGUAAAAGGUCGCCAUCACCUAAGCGGAAAUCUCCAAGCCCUGUCGAAAGAAUGCAUCAGCGAUCGCCGAGUCCCGAAUGGAAGAUUCCAAGAGAGACAACCAAAAAGGAAACUAUUAUCAAGACAACGAUUGAGGUGGACAGGAAACCAAAGCAAGAAGAGAAACCGUCUUGGGUGACGAAUCGUAAUUUAAAAAAGACUACGUCAGAGAUGAGGACGUUCAGCAGCAAGAAGAUAGAGAGUGGUGCGGUUCGACGCGCGCCGAGCCCGUCCAAGGCCAUCGCCAAGCCGCUAGACGUGAUCACGUCGAGCUACGGGCCGGGGCCGCUCGACGCCGACGGACGACCGCUCUUCGGCAUCAAGGCGCUGAGAAAUGGCGCCUCAAAUUAUCAAGUAAAAGGCACGGUGGUCCGCCAAGAGUUCCACUCACGCAACGGCGGCGCACCGGAGGGCGAAGUCAGCGUGACGGCGUACGCAUCAGACCCGGCGGCACUAGAGUCGCUUCUGAGGGCUCAGGGCGAGCCGCCUUCAAGGCUGCACGGCUUGGCGGCCAUUACUACCACGAAGAGGUUCGGAGGCGACACUGGAUCGAGCUAUAGCGAGGCACAUACGAAAGAAGAGCGAGCGACCUUGGAACAGUUUACGCACAGCGACCGACGCGAGUCAGACACAUUGGGAGGCGUCAGUAUCAGUGACGUCACCGCGGUCAGAAACGACCAGAAACAUAAGAUUGGCAGGAUGGAGAAGACCGGCAGCCAGCGGCGAAUCGUGGAUAAGAGUGAGAAGGUUGAGAGGGUGGACAAGAAAGAAAGGAGAGAGGAUAGGAAGACCGUCCGGCAGAGCUCCGUGAAAUCGCUCACGGAGAAGUACAUUAAGAGUGCAUCUGAUACACCGAAGAGCGAGCGGAGCGUGUAUCCGAAGGCCGGCCUGAUCCUGCGCAGCGCGGGCCUGCGCGACAGCGUCUCCAGCGACUCAUCACAACACGCUGGUCUAGCGCGCACGGACAGUGAGCACAGCCUCGGGUCCGUCGAAGACGCCAUCGUCACCACCACCACCGACCGCAGCGGUGGCCGCACCACCACCACCACCGAGCGCCACGGCGGCCGCACCACCACCACCACAACCACGAGAGUGGGGGGAAAGACGCAGGAACGCUCCUUCCUCGACAGCACGACGAAGGUCACCGGAGUACAGGAUAUUUUGACUAGGAUGAAGAAUGCUGACAUUGUGAUCGAGCAAGGCGACACGAGCGAGGACACGGAAGCACGCGCGCUGCUGAACAAGUUCCUGGGAGCCACCGUGCUCAUGGCCGGGAUGAAGAACUACGUGGCAGACGCACAGCAUCAGCAGCGACCUCAGCACACAAAGGUAGGAUAGU